AAAGCUGCCGCCUUUCUCCCUCCCCUGUCCUUAUCACCUCCUCGUUGCUUCCAUGCAGUCUUUUCUCUUCGACCAGUCUCUGUUGUAGGAUUUAAGAAGGCUAUAUAAAGCGGCUUUUGUGGUCCCCGGGGAGUUUUGCUGCUGGGAUUCUGGCCAAGGAUUUGGUCCUCCAGCCCUCUGCUUCUCUCUGGGGUGAAAGAAUGACGGAAGAAGAGGGGAGGAGAAGCAUGGAGAAGGAGGGGGAAGCCACAGACGAGUUCCCUGUGGGCAUGCGUGUUCUUGCCGUCGAUGAUGAUCCCACUUGCCUCAAGUUGUUGGAGAAUCUGCUUCUCCGCUGCCAAUACAAUGUUACGACGACAACUAAGGCGACUGUCGCUUUGGAGUUGUUGAGGGAGAACAAAGACAAGUUUGAUCUGGUUGUCAGUGAUGUCCACAUGCCGGACAUGGAUGGUUUCAAGCUUUUGGAGCUUGUGGGCCUCGAAAUGGACCUCCCGGUUAUUAUGGUGUCUGCCAAUGGUGAUACAAAAGCUGUGAUGAAGGGAAUAACUCAUGGUGCUUGUGACUAUCUGUUGAAGCCCAUCCGGAUCGAGGAGGUUAAGAACAUCUGGCAGCAUGUAGUGAGGAGGAGAAAGUUUGAUACAAGAUAUCACAAUAAUGUGGAGGACGGUCCGAGGGCCCAAAUACCUAAUUCUGAAACCGUGCAGGGGCAUGGUGAUCAUAGUGGUAAGGCUAACAGGAAAAGGAAGGACCAGAAUGAAGAAGAAGAUGAAGAUUCUGAGGAAAACACUCAAGAUCAUGAAGAAUCCUCUGCCCAGAAGAAGCCAAGGGUCGUUUGGUCUGUUGACCUACAUGGCAAAUUUGUCGCUGCUGUUAAUCAAUUGGGAAUUGACAAGGCUGUACCCAAGAAGAUAUUAGAUCUCAUGAAUGUUGAAAAUUUGACAAGAGAAAAUGUUGCUAGCCAUCUACAGAAGUACAGGCUCUACCUGAAAAGGCUCAGUACCGUGGCAAACCAGCAAACUAACAUGACUGUUUUAGGAGGUAGAAACUCCUCUUAUACUAAUACGAGUUCAUUGGAUGGUUUUAGAAAUUUUCAUGCAUGGGGGGGAUCUAGGCAGCUACCAGCCCUUACAUCUUUUCAACCAAAUGGAUUACUUGGUAGAAUGAAUAGUUCGACUGCAUUUGGAGUGCAUAGUUUGGUGCCUUCUCAGAUAGUUCAACAUGGCCAUGCACAAAACACAAGCAAUAGUAUCAAUGAUCUCUGGAAGCUUCAGGGCACCAAUCUACCAAGAAACCAUCAAGGAAAUUCACUUCAGGGGAUGCCAACAUCUAUGGGACUGGAUCAGCUGCGACGACUCGAGUUAGGGCAGGAAGCAAACAACAUCUUGCCCUCUAGUUUAUCUAGCAGUGGACUGGCAAAUGGUCUUAGCGGCAACUCUUUCACUAAUAUGGCAAACAAACCUUUCUUAGUGCAAGCAAAUAAAGAGCAGACACAUCCUGGUGGUUUGGACAAAUAUUAUUCUGUUAGAAUGCCUUCCUCUGGCUCAGACCCUUUUGAGUUUCCUCUUGGGGAUUCUUCUCAAUUUCCCAAUCUUGUUAGAUGCAAUACUUGGCAAGAUGCUCUUUCAUUAACCGAUUAUCAUGAAACCACUUUGCCCAUGUGUGCCCCUUUUAGUAAUAACUGUUCAUCUCCAAGCAAUGUUGGAGGCAGUGUUCCUUCAACAGUCUCAAAUAUGGACAGGGAUAUUUGUGGUCAAUCUUCCAUCCAUGCUGCAAUGGCACCUAUGCAUGGCUCAUUGAUAGGCAAUGAUGUACACGGCCAUGUCGGUUCGCUUGGUGGGAGUAUGAUGCCUGUUGCAAUGAGUGCUUAUGAAGACCCAAAGUUCCCCGACAUAUGUAGCUUAGACAAAUCUAAGCAGAAAUGGGAGGAACAGAAACAGAAUCAGAGCUUUAAUUCCAAUGUCAUAUUCAGUUCCUCCUUAAACUCUUCACUGCCCAAUCUUCAUAGAAAUGAUCCUAUUGGUAGUCAGAUAUUGAGCAGUGCUAUUGGUAACCAAAAGAUGGAUACAGAUGUGAUUGGACAAACAGUUCUUGAUGCUCGGGACCUCACACAACAUGGAAGUAUUGAUAAGUCACAAUGUAACUUCAGUUCUGCUGAUUGCAGCUAUAAUGAACCUGUUGAUGGAGAGUGGAAUGCUUCCAACAAUAAGUCCAGCACAUGA